CGAUGACCGACCCUGACCACCACUUUCAUUGGUCCCAACCUAUGAACUUCCCAUAAUAACCCUCUCUUGCCCCAGAACAGUGCCGGAUCACAUCCAUGUUAUGUCGUGGCUCCCUAAGAUAUGUAUUUUCUUCGUGUAACACUCGGUGUUCGGAGUCUGCAUUGUCCGAUCGACAUUAGGCAGCGAAUAGCGCAUAUAAAUAGAUUGUAACCCGUAGCUACCUCACAUCGCAGCAUAUAAUCUUUUGCCUUAGACCAACUUUAAAGAAGCACCGAUUCCCCUCCCCGUACACUCAAUCGGAACGGGAAUGUCUCAAGUGCGACGACUCCCUCAGUCCCUCGCGACAAACACUACUCUAUUUUCUGCGCUCGCUGUCUUCGGUAUCGGUGCUUAUUGCGCUCGAUCAUAUCUGCUCCCCCACGCUCACGCAGAAUCCAACGAACCGCCCGUUAUGUUCUCUGGAUUUGGGUUUACGACCCUGCGCCUGCAGAGCGUUAAGGCCGUGAAUCAUAACACGAAGCGACUUGUCUUUGAGUUUCCCGAUAAGAAUGCGCGGAGCGGGUUGUCGCUGACUUCGGCAUUGCUUACCUUCUCGCGACCAAAUGGUCGGUGGCUACCGGUUGUCAGGCCGUAUACGCCCAUCAGCGAUCUGAACCAACAAGGUACCCUAGAGCUGAUGGUGAAACAAUACCCCAACGGCAAAGCAAGCACUCACAUCCACUCGCUCGUCCCCGGCGACUCUCUCACCUUCCUCACGGCCCUCAAGGGCUUCUCCUGGGUUCCCAACCAAUACCCCCAGAUCUAUGCGAUCGCGGGCGGAGCGGGCAUCACCCCCAUCUACCAGCUUAUCCAGGGGAUCCUGGAUAACCCAGACGAUAAGACAAAGAUUAAUCUCGUGUUUGGAGUGAACAGUGAGCAGGAUCUACUGCUGCGGGAGGAAUUAGAGGAGUACAAGAAGCGGUUUCCCGGGCGGUUUGACUACGUGUACGCUGUGAGUCAGUUGGAGGGCGAGAAGGAGGGUUUCAAGAAGGGGUAUGUGACGGAGGAAUUGCUGAAGGGUGUUGUGAAGGAGCAGGGCAAGGGUGCCAAGGUGUUUGUUUGUGGACCUCCUGCUAUGGAGCAGUCCUUGACUGGAAAGCAGGGUGUGUUGGAUCGAUUGGGCUUUGAGAAGGGACAGGUUUAUAAGUUCUAGGGGAUUAUCUAGCAGUUCCCUAUCCUUUCGUUCGUUUUGAUGGUUUUUUUUUUUUUGUUUGGUCGUUUGAGAUACACCCUGUAU